AUGUUGAAGGAUCUGAAUCGUUCUGGUAAUAAUCUUUUAAACAUUAUUAUUUUGGAUGCUUGCCGAGCUGAUAAAGCCAAUGAUACGUGGAAAGUGAAAGCUUCUAAUGAAGAAUCAUGUCUUACACCAGCAUUUGGUAAAGCAUUGACGUCAGAUGUUCGUAUGCCAAACGACUCGCAAUUUGCUUUGAUAUAUUCAUCUGAUCCUGGCACAGUAUCUUUUGGUAGUGAAAUUGGUGAAAAUAGUUUCUUUACUUCAUCACUGUUAAACCAUUUGGAAAAGCCAAAUUUACGUCUUGAAGAUGUUAUGGGGGAAGUUACGAAAGAAAUAUUAAAGAAAUCAUCGAAGAGACAACGACCAUGGCUACAUUUAUGUCUAACGGAACCGUUUUAUUUCAAUAAAGGUUGGUAA